AUGCAGAGGCCUUACCCCCCUAUCUAUCACACCCCACAGUCGAAUUCGCCGGCUUCGGUGACCUCCCCUCAGUCUCAUGACCAUGGUAGGCCAAUGUAUCCCCAACCUGGCUCGCAAUUGAGUCAACCACUCUAUGGAUACCCGCCGUAUCCGUCCAUGAAUCAGGUACAUCAACCGACGUAUGGUGGACAUCAUGGACAAACCCAGCAACAUCAACUCAGCUCUCAACCAAUGCUACCGUAUCAGUCCACAACCCCUCAGUUAUCUCAAGGCCAGGCCGCGCCACAUCACUCCACAAUCUCAAGCAGUCCGAGACUGAAAUCAGAGCCAAAUCAAUCAUAUCAGCAAGCACCGCAGGCCCGACCAGGAUUGCUACCCCAGCAACAGCAGCAGCAGCCGCAAUCCCAAACUUCCGCGUCUCAAACACUAGGUCUGUCCCAACAGCAGCCACCAUCGGCACAGCAGCAGGCCCAAGGGCAAAUCCCCAACCUUCCACCAGGUUCGAACGCCGCCCCAGGGCCGAUUCCUGCGACAACUCCACUGGUGGUGCGACAGGACGGAAAUGGUGUACAAUGGAUCGCCUUCGAGUAUUCCCGAGACAGAGUCAAAAUGGAAUAUACCAUUCGAUGCGACGUGGAAUCGGUGGACGCCAGUGCGUUGUCACCAGAGUUCAAGUCGGAGAACUGCGUAUAUCCUCGAGCCUGCGUGCCGAAAGAACAGUACAAAGGAAAUCGCUUGGCCUACGAGACCGAUUGCAAUCAAGUCGGUUGGGCCCUGGCCGAACUGAAUACCUGUUUGCGGGGGAAGCGAGGUUUGAUCCAGAGAGCAGUGGAUAGCUGGAGAAACAGCAACCAGGACCCGCGAUUGAGGAGCCGUCGGGUUAGACGUCAGGCAAAAAUGAACAACCGCUCCAAAAUGACAGCUUCCCCUACCGGACUGGCACCUGGCUCGACCGGGCUUCCUGGGCCAAACUCCAUGCCGGCCCCGAGCGCCAGACCCCCUGGUACACUAUCGGGCGCACCGACCCAAAUGCAACAUCAUCCGCAGGAAGGAUCCCAGGCGGGGCCGGACAACGUUGGAGGUAUGUCUCAAUUCCAAUCCCCACCUCAAGCGUAUCGCCCCAAUUCUACGCCCCAACAUAUAACAAGUCCCAACGACAUCCGUCAAAGCCACGUUUUCUCCGGCUACCCAAAUUAUCCUACGGUUCCAACAUCGCUGGCGCCGUCGAUGGCGCCGACCAUGCAAGGAGGUCUACAACACCUGGGCCGGCCCGGAGGACCCGCGGCAAUGGCCUCCAAGGAACAUGAUGAGGAUGACAAUGCUUUGUUCGGCGAUUUGCCCGAGGGCAAACGGCGCAAGUUCAUCCUUGUCGACGAUAGCCAAAAAAACACUCGUGUCCGAGUCAAGGUCACGCUGGAUCAAAUCGAGAUGAGCGAGAUUCCCGACUCCUUCCGAAAGCAGAACUCGGUCUUUCCGCGAGCUUAUUUCCCCGUUCAGAUGCAAGCUGCAUCCGAACCAAGCCGAGGCGAUCGAUUUGUCGAGGAGGGAGAUGAAGUGGAUGGUGGCGUGCCUACUGUCGGCAAAACCUCCGUCUUCGUCCAAACUAGUGAUGGAGAGGCUGAGGUGGACGUCCCUCAGAUCUCCCGAAGCAAGCGAGGCCGUGAGCAAAAGAUCAAUGAACUAGGCUACCGUAUGGCCUGGGGCCAAGGUCGAGUGUUUUCGGGUCGGCCCAUCUUCCUUGCUCGUGCUCUGGAUUCUUAUCGCGGGAAACAGCGCAGUGCCCUCUUAGCGGCGAGUUCCGAAACAUCGACGAUCCCUGCGCAUCUCGAAAUCCGGCCCGGCAAGAGAAGCUGGCUGGAAAGGAAGAAUCCCACGACGCAAGCCUUGACCCCGCCAGCUGCUGCCUCUGACUGA